UUUUUUGCCGAAGACUCACUCAACUCUCUCUGAAGACGGUUACGAAAAAGAAAACACAAAGAGUAUCGCCCAUUAAUUUAUCAUCUCAAAUCUUUAUUUAUUUCUUUACGAUUGUUUUAUGGUCUCUCUCUUUGUUUCUUUUUCUCUCUAACUAGAACUAUUGUUUGUAUAUUCAAUUGUUUGAGCAAACGAACCCAAAUCAAGUAAUUUCUGGAGGUUCUUCAGAGUCUUUUGAAUCAGCUAUAAAUUUGGGGGAGAUUCAUGGUGUUUUGAGAUGGGUUUUGUGUGAAAAUUCUAUCAGAGGACAGCAAGUGGUAGAUGUAAGAGUUUAUGCUUUUUUUUUGCAAAUUCUUUGAUGGACAAGUUUGCCUGCUUUAAUGCUGUCUGUGUUCAGUGUGUAGGAGUGAAUUCAUCAUAUAGCUCUGGUAAGGGAAGUAGCCAUGAGAGUCAAAUCAAGUAUGGUUUCAGCCUAGUGAAAGGAAAGGCUAAUCAUCCAAUGGAGGAUUAUCAUGUCGCUAAGUUCACACAAAUACAAGGACAUGAGCUUGGGCUGUUUGCUAUCUUUGAUGGCCAUUUAGGAGAUGGUGUUCCUGCCUACCUGCAGAAUAACUUGUAUGACAACAUCCUUAAGGAGGAAGAGUUUUGGACUGACCCAAGAACAUCUAUCUCAAAAGCCUAUGAGAAGACCGACCAAGCAAUUCUUUCACACAGUUCCAACUUGGGAAGAGGUGGGUCUACUGCUGUUACAGCAAUUCUGAUAAAUGGCCAGAGACUGUGGGUAGCCAAUUUGGGAGAUUCACGAGCUGUUCUUUCAAGAGGAGGUCAGGUAAUACAAAUGUCUACAGAUCACGAGCCUAGCGUGGAACGAGGCAUGAUCGAGAAUAAAGGAGGUUUCGUCUCAAACAUGCCAGGGGAUGUUCCUAGAGUGAAUGGACAGUUGGCUGUUUCUCGUGCUUUUGGAGAUAAAAGCCUUAAAUCACAUUUGCGGUCAGAUCCUGACAUUCAAGAUAUCAAUAUCGAUUCCAGUAUUGAAGUUCUUAUCCUUGCGAGUGAUGGUCUUUGGAAGGUAAUGGAAAAUCAUGAAGCAGUUGAUAUUGCAAGAAGAAUCAAAGAUCCCCAGAAGGCAGCCAAGCAAUUAACCUCUGAAGCAUUGAAGAGAGAUAGUAAAGAUGAUAUAUCUUGCGUUGUCGUUAGAUUUAGGAGAUAAAAAAAAAAAAAAUUUAAAUUGCAAGAUAUAUUUAAAAUAAGAAAAUUGCCAGUGAGUUGCCAAAAUUACAAAAUUGCUAGGAAAACCAUAAAGGGGAGAAUGGAGAGCAUCUCCUGUAAAUUUUAUGCUCUUUUUGUUGGUUUCUGUUCAAUAUUGUUUUGGUUUCUUCUUUUGAGUUUGUUAGCAAUGUGAUAUAUAUCGUUUGCUAAAUUGUGUGCAAGAUUGAGCAGCUGUGUAGAUGAAGAACAUGGGUUUGAUUGCUAGUAAUAGGAAUUUUUGUGAUAAA